AUGACUUCUAUCGGCACAGGCUACGAUCUUUCAAACUCCGUCUUCUCUCCAGAUGGUAGGAACUUCCAGGUCGAAUACGCUGUCAAAGCCGUUGAGAAUGGAGGUACUGCGAUUGGUAUAAGAUGCAAAGAUGGCGUUGUCCUUGCUGUCGAGAAAUUGAUUACAGGCAAGUUGUUGAAGCCUGGUGCGAAUAAGAGGAUAGCAACUGUAGACCGAAACGUUGGCAUUGUCUCCUCUGGCCUUGUCCCCGAUGGACGACAUUUCGUCUCCAGAGCCCGAGAUGAAGCCGCUUCCUGGAGAAAGACCUACAAAGGACCGAUCCCUACAUCAGCGCUCGCCAACAGACUAGGCGGUUACGUGCAAGCUUACACUCUAUACUCUAGCGUCCGUCCAUUCGGUGUUACUUCGAUAGUGGGAGGUUGGGACUCAGAGGCGGAGUUAUCUGUGGAUGGCCAAGUCGGCUCCGGACCCAGAGUCGGAGCUGGUGGAAAGGCUAAAGAUCUCAAAGCUGGUGGCCCUGGACUGUAUAUGAUCGAACCCAGCGGUCUGUACUGGGGCUACUACGGUGCAGCAACUGGCAAGGGACGACAAGCGGCGAAAGCGGAACUCGAGAAACUUGACCUCCCCGCAGGAAACCUCAGCCUCCUCGAUGGUGUCAAGGAAGCAGCUCGGAUUAUAUACGUUGCACAUGAAGAAGAUAAGGACUUCGAACUUGAGAUGACAUGGAUCAGUUCGCUUGAUGGGCCCACCAAGGGAAGGCAUGAGGAAGUGCCUCGUGAACUACUCGAAGAGGCCGAGAAGGCUGCCAAAGCGGCACUUGAAGGCGAAGAUGAAGAGGAAGAGGAAAAGGCGGGCGAGGGAGAAGAAAUGGAAGAAUAA